AUGGUGCAGAAACUCCUGGCUCUCGCCCAGGAUGAAACCUGUGACGAUGACUCACUUCUGCGUGCCAUUGCGGAGGCCACACCGUACAAGCAAAAGGUGGGUACGGCCACCUUCUGGGUCGAAACUGGUACAUCUCUGGCCUCUUUCAAGUAUGACCAGAUAAUCGCAGCUAUUUUCGAGGCCAAUCAAGACGCUGAUUGGGCCUGUCACCUGGACAACUUUGUCAUGGUCAAACAGCCCCGUGGGGGUGAUUUGGUGGUUACGGUGGCGGAAGAAGCCACCAAGUUGGCCAUGAUUGGGCAGCCUAUGCGUAUCCUGGACACAUCGUAUUCAGUGAUUACCCCCCCUACUGGAGCAGGUGGGGCGAGCAGGGGCCUCGAUAUCCGGUUCUACGUGGACAUCACCAACAUCCGAUACAAUUUUGACUCUGUCGAGCUGAUGAAAACACUUCGUCGCCUUAAGACGCUGCCUCUGUUUCAGGGAUUCAGAUCGACGAUUGCAGGCACGUCGUGCCACACGAAUGCUUGGCGAAUCUACUUUUGCACUGAAGACAUACCGACGAACCUCAUCAUCAACAACCACCCUGUGGACCAAUUACGGUUCCAAGGAGUGACAUAUGCGGUAUAUGCUAAACUCUACACGCCGUCCCGGCAUGUUCGCCACUGCACGUGCUGCGCAUGA